AUGGGUGUCCCUCUCCUGCUGCCCUCUCUAUUGACCACAGCUCAGAACUGGGCCAGGGGUCGUCCAGCAGUCCAAUCGUCCACUUUCCCGCAACGUGGCUUGGUCUUCAGCCGGGCGGAGAGCGCUGUGGAUGGAGAUCGAGAUGGAGACUGGGACCACGGCUCCUGCAGCCACACCACGAAGGAGAUGGGACCCUGGUGGAGUGUGGACCUGGGCGCCCGCCUAGCCGUCAGAGCCGUUGUGGUCAAGAACCGCUCGGACUGCUGCUCGGAGCGGAUCAAGGGGGCUCGGAUCCACGUUGGGGACUACCAAGACGGCUACGGCAAAUGCGGCUCCGUCUGUGGGACCGUCACCAAUGGCAGUGCUGGCUCCCUCAGCAUCAUUUGUUGCAACGGACUCAAAGGUCGCUACGUGAGCAUCGUCAUCCCCGACCGGAUGGAAUACCUGACCCUUUGUGAGCUGGAAGUCUAUGGCUCCCGGCUGAGAGAUGAAUGCUAGGGACCCUCCAGAAAGGAAGAGGACAGAAAACAGUAAUAGACAACUCCAGCCAAGGGGGUCCUAAGGGUCAUCUAGUCCACUGCUUCUUAAACUGUGGGCCCCGACCCCAAA